CCAAACCAACCGGUCUAUCCCAGAAACAAAAAAAAAAAAAAACACAAUCAAAUCGGUUGUUGGAAACAAAUCGAUUCGUCGUCUUUUAAUCAUCACUUAAGUUCAAGUUUAGGAAGUUAGAUCAUUAGAACUUAAAAAAGGAUAUAAUUGAUUAUUACAAACAAUUGUUGGGAGAAAAAAAAUUAAAGUAGAAAAUUUUGCUUGCUUCAAUAGAAAUUUGCUCCAAAUCUCGAUUCUACGACAACAUCGAUAAACCCAAUUCAUUAUCGGAGCAAAGAAGCUUUGUUUUUGAAUCUUGAAGACGUUUAUCAUCAUUUAAGUUGAUAUGAUUGCAUGAGCAUAUUGAUGGCGAAUUUUGACGGAAAAUGGUGAAUUUUGAUGGAAAAUACGGAUUUUGACGGAAAAUACUUAAAAACGAAGCAGAUGGGUUCUGGGGAAGGGAACCCUCAUUUCAGUGUUUUUGAUGGAGUGAAGACUUUCUCAUUAACACCCGAAGCUCUCAUGGCCGAUAUCAACACUGCUAUCACUAAUCUCGAAUACGCACGUGCCACGGCUUUCCUCGAUUCCCCGUCUUCGUCAUUGUCAAGAAACAAAAGCUGUGAUUCAUCCGAGUAUGAUGCUCAGAUGGCUGAUCAGGCUUAUAAAGCCGGUUGUGCCGCAUUAGCUGCUGGUAAGCUCGAUGAAGCUUUUCAUUCUUUGAAUGUUUCGCUCUCUAAAUGUCCGCCCGAGAAAGCCUCUGCUGUUGCUAAGCUUCAGUCUCUUAUAUCUCUUACUUCUCAACAACUCAACAAAUCUCCUGUUUCGGACUAGCCCUGUGUUUGUAGGGUACUUUUUUCUAAAUUCCAUUAUCACCGUUUCAAUUGAAUUUCAGUUAAAAUUAUUGCAUUA